AUGUCUCCAACUUUUGUCGCUUCCAUACUUUAUCUCUCCGCGCUCGCAACCGCUCUUCCAAAGGCUACGCCGGUGAUUGAAGAUCGACAAACUCCAACAUCCGACAACAUUCUCCAGGCUCGACAAACACCAUUCAGUCCGGCCCAGCAAGCAUCCGCAGUAGCACAGUGCAAAAGUGGGGACCUCAACAUCCCUACCGUCACGGAUUGGAUAAAUCUUCAGAUCGACGACUGGUUCGAUAUCUUCUGGACUGACGUGCCAGCAAUAUACUACAACAAUCAUGUUACACCUCCCACCGUUCCGUAUGUGAUAUCCGAAAUAUAUCAACGGGAUGGCAUCACGUGCACAAUAGCCGACUGUAAAGAGCCAUCCACCCUCACCCAGUCGGAGUCAUUGUGCUUACAACGUGUAGCUUGCAUCACUGUCUCUCUCCAGUGCUCCGAUUGGCUGACACCAGCGCCUAAUGGAUCGUUCGAUGCCAUCCGUGCUUACGUGUUUUAUAAUGGCUGGAGGGCACUUGCAGAGUUGUUUUACCAGAUGAAUGUAGCAACGGCUUCUUCCGAAGUCAAUCAGAUUAGUGUUGCAAGCGUCAUUGGAUCAACCUUUGGCAACGAUACCUCUUCUGGCGGUCCAUCGUGGGACAAGACCACAUCUGCUGCUACCCCAGCAAUUGGAGGUGUAUCUGCUAUUCUUGGAGCUCUGUCAGUGAGUCAGGAUUUCACUCAAUCCCUCGAGCGCUUGUUCGGCACUGCUUCCGCCGCGACCGGUGUAAUUGGCAGUCUCCUGAGUGGGAUUGUAGGCGGCAUCAGUCUUGGAGAUGCAGCCCCUGCAGACCCUCGGAUUGACAGCAUAAAUGAUUUGGAAGGUUCAAUGGAGACUUUGUACUGGUCACUCAACAAUGGACUAGCCGUUACCUAUCAAACCGUCCUGCUCUGGAACAAUGGCAGUGGAGGUGGUUUCCCCCAAGUCCAGGAUCUCCUCAAGGGAGGCGCCUUCGUUGAUGAGGGGGUCGGCCAAAGUAGCCUUCUUUCUUCGAUCGAAGACCAGACAUUCUAUGAAAAUAUGCGCGAUGGUUCUGCCCGUAUCUUUGGCUGGACGGCUAUCAAUACGGUGUGGAGAGAUGCAGAUGUAUUCAUUGUGUACCUGCCUUAUAACGCUCACAUUCCGCCGUAUACCAAUUUUCAACAAUCAGACUGCCAAGCUCUCUUGACGUCCCAUAUUUGGGCAACUCCCACGCUGUGUGAAGGCGACGGCAUGACCAUUCUUGUCGGCGACGCCUCAAACCCUAGCAUCGGUCCUGGCGUCGCUCCCCAUGGAUACAGCAGCACAAUCGAUAUCGCCGGGACCCCCUUUGACUAUCAUAACAUUAUGGCGUCCAGUGUGGGUGCUUGGCAGCACACGGGAUUCAACGCUAAUAUCUCGAAUCCGCUCGUCGCGGGCUUGCAGACAGGGAACAUUGAUGUGUCUGAUUUGGGCGAUGUGCAGAGUCUUGGGGAUCUGCCGAUGACUACUGAAGGCGUCUUCAACCUCCCCGUCUGCCAACUUUUCGACUUCGACAGCGUCUACGGCUUCUACCCGCCCAAUGAACAAACCGAUCCGCAAUUUUGGUGCGGAUGUCUAUACGCGAGUGCCAAUUCGCCAGCGGCACCGUCGCAACUUUUCAGUGAUCACAUCUCCAGUGGGCUCACUGCGGCGGUUAAGAGUGCGAACCCUUGUUGUGUGUUCGAUGGGACGGAUUAUCCGAGUGGGUGCGGGGAGUCACCAUCAUAA